AUGAGCGAUGCAAGUACGACGACCGUGGCUGAGGGUGGGCGUGAUGUUGGUGGUGUCUCUGGCAUCUUCAGUUCUACGUCGACAGCCGGCUCACCGGAGCUAUCAAAGGGAGAUUCUUUGCCUUCGGUCAACACCGAAGGUACGGGAAGUAUCAAGAAUGUAGCAGUUCCUGCGUCAUCAAAUUCACCCAUGCCCAAUUUGGUCCCAGGUCUUGAGGCUGUCUUACGCCGCAACCUGCGUGGAGGCCCUACAGUUCUAUCUAGCCUAAAGACAGAUAUCCGAACAUCCAACCCAGCAUGCUCAAUGCUUCUAGGAGACGCUGACUUCUGUGUAAAGCCUGACAGGCCAGAUGGUGUGCAGGAUACUCUUGGACUAACUGUUCUCGACGAAUCCGCGGUGCUCCCUACAGACGAUGGUGCGCCUCUUCUAGGACUCCGAACAUGCCUGCCAUCAAUUGGUGAUAAUCAAGUGGAAGGCAGUCCAAGCUUGACUGACAGAGUUGAAAACACGCAGGUGCUAUCUCGGGAUGUCGAGGCUUGGGUAACCUCAGUGAAGGCCCAUCAUGCGGGACUUGCUGCUACUGCAAAAGCGGCGGGACUGGACUCAACUUCCAGUGACGUGUUCGCCCACAUUCAACGGCCGUUAGGUCUGCAAAUAAAUUGUGCGCUGCAAAAACAAUUCUCAUUCUGCAUUUCUGAGCUACCCAUGCUUCCCCUUAGCAUCGAAGAGCUGGCAAGGCUUAUUUGCUGGCUUGGUGGAGUGCCAUCUACUCAGUCAAUAAACUCACCACUUCCCGAACUUCUAGCCCUAUUUACCCUUUGCUUCGAGGAAGUACCAACAGCGUCAGAUACGGGUAUCAACAAGCAGCUUGCGAUUUCUUGA